UUAAGAUAAGACCAUUAUUACGUAUUACAUUACGUAUUACGCUUCCACAAUCAAAGUGAAAUAUAAUAUUACAUAUUAUAAUAUUACAUAUUAUUAAGAUAAGACCAUUAUUACGUAUUACAUUACGUAUUACGCUUCCACAAUCAAAGUGAAAUAUAAUAUUACAUAUUAUUAAGAUAAGACCAUUAUUACGUAUUACAUUACGUAUUACGCUUCCACAAUCAAAGCGAAAUAUAAUUUUACAUUCUUUUUACUUUAUGCCUGUUGGUAUUCCAAAAGUUCCUUUUCAAGUUCCGGGAGAUAACGAUGCAAGCUGGGUUGACAUAUACAACCGAAUUUAUCGAGAAAGAUUGCUUUUUUUGGGCAAAGAGCUUGAUAUCCAGACCUCGAAUCAACUUGCGGGUAUUAUGAUCUAUCUCAGUAUAGAGAGUAAUAGCCGAGACCUGUUUUUUUUUAUAAACUCUCCUGGCGGAGGGAUAGUAUCUGGAUUAUCUCUUUUUGAUACUAUGCAAGCAGUGGAACCAGAUGUGCAUACACUAGCCAUGGGAUUGACCGCUUCAAUCGCAGCUUUUCUCUUGGUCGGAGGAGAAAUUACCAAACGCAGAGCAUUCCCUCACGCUCGGGUAAUGAUCCAUCAACCUAUUAGUAUGCUUAAGGAUGAUGGCUUCAAAGACUGGGUCAUGGAAACAGACGAAGUAAUGAAAAUGCAAGAAGACAUCAUAGAGGCUUAUGUACAAAGAACGGGCCAGCCCCGAUGGGUUAUAAACAAAGACAUGGAAAGAGAUAAUUUUAUGUCAGCAAAAGAAGCCAAAGAUCAUGGAAUUGUGGAUCAUAUAGUGCGUACAGAAUCGAGACCUAUAGUGAAUGAAAAACCUAUAGUGAAUGAAAAACCUAUAGUGAAUGAAAAACCUAUAGUGAAUGAAAAACCUAUAGUGAAUAACAAACCUAUAGUGAAUGAAAAACCUAUAGUGAAUGAAAAACCUAUAGUGAAUGAAAAACCUAUAGUGAAUGAAAAACCUAUAGUGAAUAACAAACCUAUAGUGAAUAACAAACCUAUAGUGAAUAACAAACCUAUAGUGAAUAAAAAAUGGAGACUAGUUAACGACAAUGGCAAUGGAAGACCACCAUUUGACGACAAUGGCAAUGGAAGACCACCAUUUGACGACAAUGGCAAUGGAAGAGAAAAAGAAGUAAUUCAUAAUCAUCUGGUUAGGAUCGAUCUAAACCAGUCUAUUAUGUAUAUGAUUGUAUAUGAUUCAGCAUGCCAACUAUUAAACAACUUAUUAGAAAUGCAAGACAGCCAAUUAGAAAUGUCACGAAAGCCCCUGCUCUUCGGGGAUGUCCUCAGCGCCGAGGAAGAUGUACUAGGGUGUAUGUGCGACUUGUUCAGAUCAUGGGCUGAGAAAAAGGAAACAAUUUUUCAGUAUCAACGAUCAGUACCAGUGAAUAGAAUGGGGUUCUUCCGUUCACUAUCUAAAAAAGAUAGAUCUACCAUAUCCUUCUAUUGUGUAUGA